AUGAAGACUCGCGCGUUCCUCCUACCCGUAGCAUAUGCCAUAACUUCGAGCCCGGGAGUCAUCUCUCACCCAACUGAACCUCAUCAUAGCAGUGCUGUACAGCUCAUAGUACCAAAGGAUGACUCUGGUGCCUCUAUUGCUCACAGCCCGUCCUUCUCCUCCUUCUCCUUCGAGCCAGCAUAUUGGGUAGAGUUCUUCGGCAACAGCACGAGCCCCAAUCCGUUGGCUUUCCGGCUCUUGGACCUCAUUCAUCAGCAUGGCGGACGUCCUAUCAUCAGGCCCGGUGGUAUUACAAUGGAUAGCAUGAUCUUUGAUCCAAAGGCCGGCGAAUCUGUCCGAGAGACAAGCAAAGCUGGCGGAGUCUACAGGACGACUGUCGGUCCAGCCUACUACGAAAGCUGGUCGAACUUUCCAAAUGGCACGAAAUUCGUGUCUACCCUCAACUUUGGCAAUAGCAGUCUGGACAUUGCACGAGACAUGGCUCUGGCAUCAGUCAUGUAUCAGAAUGACCUGGUGGAGUAUUUUGAGCUAGGGAACGAGCCAACGAACUACCCGAAAGCUCGAUGGAACGAUAGCACUGCGGCUUAUGUCCAGCAAUGGAAGAGCUGGACUGCUACCAUCGACACAGCCGUCAAUCAGGAGGUGGCGAAAGCCGGUGAAGCUGCUUUCCCAGGUGAGCGGUGGUGGGCAUCUUCGGCUACCACGGACGAGUCUGGUCUCAAUGUACGUCCGGCGGACAUCAUCCCAGCCGGCAUAGACUCUGCUCACCAAGUUGCGGAGUACUCCAUCCAUUCCUAUCCGUUCUCGACUUGUGAUCCUGCUCGGGCUGCGUUGGCCACGACAAGCAAUAUUCUCAACCAUACUGGCUUGGCAGUAUACGCAGACAAUGAGAUCUACCCUUCCGCCAAAGCAGCUCUUGACUCUGGAAGCAAGUGGGUCAUCGGCGAAUUCAAUUCGAUAUCGUGCUCCGGCAACCCAAACGUGACCGAUACCUUUGCCCAAGCUCUGUGGGUGAUUGAUAGCGAGCUGAUAUACGCCACCAGAAACGCAAGCUCCUGCAACCUGCACCAAGGUGCUGCGCUCGUAUUCCAGAGCAGCGACCAGGUUAAUUCAGCAGCCAGUGAUGGAUCACCUGGCUACUCCACGUACGACAUGUUUUACCCGACCAACACCUCGCUUCGUGGACCGGCUAGAGUUUUGCCCAGCUUCGCAGGCCAGCUUUUUCUGGCAGAGGCGUUUGCGACGAAUGGAAGUCGGGUGACUUCUCUCGCCGCACCAGCAGGUGUUGACGCAGAUCGCUUCGCCGCGUAUGCUUUCUACGACAAUGCUACGGUCAGCAAGAUAGCCAUCAUCAAUAUGCAGCCAUACUACGCCAACUCGACCAGCGAUUUUGCCGUCAAGAUCAACAUACCAGGUGCGGGACAAUCUCAUCACGGUUGGGGUUCUUCUUCACAAACCUAUGUCAAGCGUCUAACAGCGCCGUAUGUCAAUUCGAAGAAUGCUACGGAUGUCAAGUGGGCAGGACAGACAUUUGAAGGAGGUGUCCCUAGCGGUAAAGUACAGCAAGAGAUGCUCGCGGCUGAUGGGACAGUCACGGUCAGGGGUAGCGAAGCUGUACUUGUCUUCCUUAAGUAG